GAGAGGUGGCCAGAAGGGUGGCAGGAGUAGAAGGGACACUUCACCAUGGAAUAUGAAGUCAAGAAAGGGAAGAAGGGCUUUGUGUCCCCCAUCCGAAGGCUGGUAUUCCCCAAGGCUGGGCGCCGGGCAGCCUUCCGGAGCAGUGUGAGUCGACGGCCCUUGCACUCCAUGCCCCUUUAUCCCCCCGACUACCUCAUUGACCCUCAGAUUCUGCUGUGUGACUACCUGGAGAAAGAGGUUAAGUUCCUGGGCCACCUCACCUGGGUGACUUCCUCACUGAACCCCUCCAGCCGGGAUGAGCUUCUGCAGCUGCUGGACACGGCCAGGCAGCUGAGGGAGCUGCCGCUGAAGACGACGGCGGAGCAGGACAGCAUCCUGAGCCUGUCUGCCCGUUGCCUGCUCCUCACCUGGCGUGACAAUGAGGAGCUCAUCCUGCGCAUCCCCACGCACGAGAUCGCCGCCGCCUCCUACCUGCAGGACGAUGCGCUGCACCUGCUAGUGCUUAAGACCGGUCUGGGCGUGGACCCGGUGCCUGCAGGCGUGGACGCCAGCCCCGGAGGUGCGAGGCGCGACCUGGGACCUCCGGGCGCGGCGCCCGAGAAGCGGCGUGUGGGCACGGCGGAGCGUCGCCACACCAUCUGCAGCCUGGACUGGCGCAUGGCGUGGGGCGGGGGCGCGGGCGCCGAGGCCCGGGCGGCGGGCGGCGGCGGCGGCAGCCUGGAGCGCCAGCGCGCGGGGGCGCGGGCGUCGGGCAGCUGGGAACGGCGGCAGACGUUCAGCGGCAGCUGGGAGCGGCGGCACGCGGGCGGCGGCGGCGGCGGAGCUGGCAAGCCGGGAGGCAGCUGGGAGCGACGGCAGGCGGGAGGCGGUGGUGGCGGCAGCUGGGAGAGGCGCCACCCCGGCCCCAACCCACUGGACCCGCAGAACCCCAGCCCCGACGCCUACUGCAACCUGGUCAUCCUGGCUGUAGCCAAUAGGGAUGCUGCAGAGGAGUCCUGUGCACUCAUCUGUCAGGUCUUCCAGAUCAUCUAUGGGGACCAGAGCAUCGAGUGUGUAGACCGGGCUGGCUACCACUACACAUCCACACCAGAACGGCCAUGGCUCUACAGCCGCAGUGAGAGCUGCCAUACAGAUGGGACUUAUGCCUAUGACGCCGACUUCAGCUGCUGCAGCUCCUUCAACGGCUCCCAGGACACGUUUGAGGCAUGUUACAGUGGCACGUCCACACCUUCUUUCCAUGGCUCCCACUGCAGCGGGAGUGACCACAGUGGCCUGGGCCUCGAGCAGCUACAGGAUUACAUGAUCACGUUGCGGAGUAAGCUGGGACCCCCUGAGAUCCAGCAGUUCGCGCUGCUCCUGCGUGAGUACAGGCUGGGGCUGCCCAUUCAGGACUACUGCUCAGGCCUGCUGAAGCUCUAUGGAGACCGGCGCAAGUUCCUCCUCCUCGGGAUGCGACCCUUCAUCCCGGACCAGGACAUCGGCUACUUCGAGGGCUUCCUGGAGGGCGUGGGCAUCCGGAAGGGCGGCAUCCUCACCGACAGCUUCGGCCGCAUCAAGCGCAGUAUGAGCUCCACUUCGGCCUCAGCUGUGCGCAGCUACGACGGCGCAGCCCAGCGGCCCGAGGCGCAGUCCUUCCACCGGCUGCUGGCUGACAUCACGCAUGACAUCGAGGCGCUGGCCCCCGACGACGACGACGACGACGACGACGACGACGAUGGCAAUGAGUCUCCAGGCGAGGGUGACACGGCUGAAGACAACUAUCUCUAGUCACCACCCAUCCAGAGGCGCCCUGAAGCCCGCCUCUGAGUCUCCCUCAUUCUUGCUUGUGAGACCCCAUCCCCAGGGCUGCUCAUCACACCCUGGCCCGAGGCUUACACGACUCUGGUUGCAGCCCCUGCCCCGGGGCUCCAGUCGCUGCAGUGCCGAGAAUCACCUGCAGGGGGCAGGCGAGGGCAGACCGCACGGCCGGGGCCGGCGCCUAGGCCAGCCUGCGGAUGGGCUCCCGUCCUGCUCUUGUCGGCCU